GUCCUCUUCAUCGAGGAGCGAGGGAAUAUUGAGCCUAAUAGUUGUUGGCAGAUUAUCGUUUGUUAAUUCUUGGUCUACCCAAGUCAAUGGUCUUGAUAAUUGUGGCAUUAUGAGGUUCAGAAGUAGAAAUUGA